CCCGGGUCCCGUUAAGUCCCGACGCCUUCUCGUCUUUACAUUUGUUUUCUUCUGGAUUUUGUUUCUGGUUUUCUUAUUUUCGAUAGAUGUUGCUCUUUCAAACGGGUACGAUGCCUUUCACCAUAUCCAUAACAGCAUGAUGGACUUGAGCUGCCGACGUAAAACUUAGUCUGCGAGGAUGUUUUCUAAAAUUAAAUCGCGUAAAAGGAGCUUGGCCUCAAGUGCUUUUUUUAACCUGAUCUUUUUGUCUGUUAUGAAUGUUGUGUUACUUGGACCUAUCGCUGGACUUCAACAAGGUUAUUCUGUUUCCUUCUCUGUUUGUGGUAUCCUCACUUUCAGCGUCAUUAUGUCUAGUCAGACGACCAACAGCAGUACUGCCGCCAUCCAAUCACGGGCCAUCUCUAAAAAAUCAGUCAAUAUCAGAUUCAUAGACCCAACCACCGGGAAAGCGUCUUCCUGUAUCAAAAUCCACAAUAGAACCCCCAGUAGUCCGAACCUGGCUCCGUACCGCAUUUGCAGAGAAUUAUGACUUUUUU